AAAAUAUUAAUAUAUAAUUAUAAUAUUACUCGAUUCAACAAUGGCGGAGAUCACAUGCGACAAUGACCCUCCUUCUAAAUACCACUGCCAAGCUCUACAUUGCCCCCAGAACUCUUCCCUUUACCUCUUCCUCUACCUUUGCUCGUAGCCCUUUUCUCCGAAUCCCCUCCCUUCUUAAGCCCUUGUCUCCUCUCACCGCUAGGGUCUCUCUUUCUUCCACCAUGGGAGACUCUGCCGACGCUGGAAUGGACGCUGUCCAGAGACGCCUUAUGUUUGAUGAUGAAUGCAUUCUAGUGGAUGAGAAUGACCGAGUUGUUGGUCAUGAUACAAAAUAUAACUGUCACUUGAUGGAAAAGAUUGAAAAGGAUAAUUUGCUACACAGGGCUUUCAGUGUGUUCUUGUUCAACUCAAAAUAUGAGUUGCUUCUUCAGCAACGUUCUGCAACAAAGGUAACAUUCCCUCUUGUGUGGACAAACACCUGUUGUAGCCACCCGCUCUACCGUGAAUCUGAGCUUAUCGAUGAGGAGUCCCUUGGAGCAAGGAAUGCAGCACAGAGAAAGCUUUUAGAUGAGCUGGGUAUUCCUGCUGAAGAUGUGCCAGUUGAUCAAUUUACCCCACUAGGCAGGAUGCUGUACAAAGCUCCUUCUGAUGGCAAAUGGGGCGAGCAUGAACUUGAUUACCUGCUCUUCAUCGUCCGGGAUGUUAGUGUCAAUCCAAACCCAGAUGAAGUAGCUGAUAUCAAGUAUGUAAACCGGGACGAGUUGAAAGAGUUGUUGAGGAAAGCAGAUGCUGGGGAAGGAGGCUUGAAGCUAUCCCCUUGGUUCAGACUGGUUGUGGAUAAUUUCUUGUUCAAGUGGUGGGACCAUGUUGAGAAAGGCACACUUAAGGAAGUUGCUGAUAUGAAAACCAUUCACAAGUUGACUUAAUAGCCUUAGUAGUCAUUUAGUGGCGCAAUUGUCUUUCUAUCCAAUAAAGUUUGAACAAUGAAACAUCUACUCAGAUUUAAAUAAGUAGGCCUUGAAUUGAAACCCUCUAGUUAUUUGCUUUAGUGUCUGUUUGUUUUCUAUUUUCCCAAAAAAGAAAAAAACAUGUCAACCAAUGUUUUAAAGUUUUGAGUAACAUUCCAAAACAUACAUGGGAUGUGUGUUUUUUUAUGUAGUACUAAAGUUUCUACACAAUGAAGAAUUGAGUCUUGGUUAUGCUAAA